AAAAAAAAAAAACCAAGAGAGAAAAACCAAAGCGAACUCAAUUAGUGAAAAGUGUUCAUUAGAUAUGCGAAGAGGUGGUGGUGGAGGAGGAGGAGGAGGUGGUGGAAGGGGGUAUGGGAACUACACUAACCCGUGUUUGACCAUGCAUCAACCAUGGGCUUCAUUGUUGGUAUACGGCAUCAAACGUAUUGAAGGCAGGUCAUGGACUACUCCUAUUAGAGGCCGCCUUUGGAUUCAUGCUGCAAGUAAAGUUCCGGAGGAAGAUACAAUCAAAGCGAUGGAAGACUUCUAUAGAGAAAUUUAUGCAGUGAAUGGAAUUACUGACUUGAAGUUUCCUGAACAUUAUCCUGUUUCAAGACUUUUAGGGUGUGUUGAAGUGGUUGGCUGUGUGAAAUGUGAAGAGCUAGCAAGCUGGGAGGCAGUACCUGAAGGGGUGAGGCUAGAAGGACAAACAGAUUUUUGCUGGCUUUGUGAGCAGCCACAGAAAUUACUAGUUCCUUUUGAGAUGCGAGGCUAUCAAGGUGUUUAUAACUUGGAAAGGAAGAUCCAUGAGGCUGCAAUUAGAGGUCUUGUCCCUGUUAAAGGUCCAAUGCCAGUAAAAUUCCCUCUCCCAAAUCCUCAAGAUCCCUUUUCCUUGAAACCGGGUUCUAUUUCUGUGGGAUUCUCUGGCAAUAAAGCAUCUGUUGUGGAGAAAUCUGAAGGUCUCAGUGCAGCCAUUGCUGGUGCACGAGCAGCAGCUACACAGUUCAACAAGAAAGAUCAAAACCUUCUAUCUAAUACCACAACAAAUAGCUAUUCCAACUCCACAAGCAGUGGUCAACCAGACAGCAAAUCGUUGGAAGAAGAUAAAAUGCUAGAGAGCUGUUCAGUUGGAGUUUCUGGUGAGGAGGCCUCAGUUCCAAGUAAAACAGAGCAACUCAAUCCCAUUCAGUGUGAGGAAAGCAGUAGCCGCGGUCAAACUCGUGAAGAUCUGAAACAGAUUCCUGGAGCUUCUGCUAAGAUUUUUGCAGCAGCUGUAAGAGGGCUGAAACAAUCAUGAUUCUGCUCCGAAAGAGUUCUAUACAAAUUGUGGGAUUGAAGUGAGCCUCAAUGCAGCUUGUAAGUAUUGAGUUUGGAGGCCACUUUGCCAUCUCUUGUGGCUGUAUGCUAAUUUACUUUGUGAGGUGUCCGAAAAAUAUUUUACAUAAGGCAGACACUACACUAGUGAUGGAGCUUUACAUUUGUUUUUUUUUAAUAAUUAUUUACACCCUCUCUCUUUUUUCCGCUAA